AUGUUUUUAAACAUACUAUGUUUUCAACUAAUAGCUAUAUCACUAGUGUCCGCAAAUCUAUUUGAUUUUAUAAAUAAUCAAUUCGGAGGAAAUAAUCAAAGACAAAAUCAAGGUGUUAAAAAUCCACAAGAAUAUGAAAGUAUGAUGCUAAAUCAAAAGUGUGAUCACUAUUUAUGUCCAGAUACUGGAAUAUGUGUCCAAGCCCCUAAAUUUUGUCCUUGUCCAUAUCCUUCUUCUCAAUUAAGAUGUUUUUUACCAGAUGGUAAAUAUAUAUGCAUUUCAAAACCAGCAGGAGAGGGAAUUAGUGAUAGAUAUAAUGAUAUAAAUACCAACUUCAAAAUUGAUGCUAAAGAUGAUAAUAUACGUGAUUGUGGUUGGGUUAAUAGAGCUUGGAGAGGAUUUGAAUAA